AAAAAUAUUCUUAAUUUUUGGCGCGCGUUGUCAUUUCUGCUCUGGUUCCAAGGGAAAUGGAUAAAAUAAUAAAUAAAUUUUCAUCUAUAAAUGUAGAAAAUCAUGCACAUGCCGAAGGCUAAGAGAGAACACUCAAGACAUGAAUCACCACGUUCCGUAAGUCAAAUUCCCCUGCGAUCCGCUCCGGCGAAUUCUGCCUUCGCCGGGCGUGUGAAUGUUUUCUUGCGUGGAGUCUCGUAAUUGAACUGUGGUUGGGACUUGGGACUGAGUGAGACCGCGCUGGCACUUAGCCAAAAAAGGCUAAAAGAAUGGUUCCCUUUUCCAGCAUACUGGGGCACGAAAAGUGUGGAAGUUACUUAAUUUUUAGUGGAGAAACUUACCUUGGCAAUAAUUUUCGUGCAUUUUUGUAUUUUCUUGGCCUUGCUUAUUGUUUUAUCGGAUUAUCGGCUAUAACAGCCCGCUUCUUUAAAUCGAUGGAAAACGUGGUCAAGCACACAAGGAAGGUAGUGGAGGUAGAUCCUGUUACUAAAACUGAAACUGUUAGAUUUGAAAAGGUUUGGAAUUACACUAUUGCGGAUAUUAGCUUGUUGGCCUUUGGAACUAGCUUUCCUCAGAUUUCAUUAGCCACCAUUGAUGCUAUACAAAACAUAGGGAAGCUGUAUGCUGGAGGCUUGGGACCCGGAACACUUGUUGGUUCUGCAGCAUUUGACCUUUUCCCCAUCCACGCUGUUUGUGUAGUAGUUCCAAAAGCAGGAGAGCUGAAGAAGAUUGCUGAUUUAGGAGUAUGGCUGGUGGAGCUGUUUUGGUCAUUUUGGGCUUACAUUUGGUUAUACAUAAUUUUGGAGAUAUGGACUCCAAACGUUGUGACUCUGUGGGAGGCCUUGUUGACAGUACUGCAGUAUGGAUUACUAUUGACUCAUGCAUAUGCCCAAGACAAACGUUGGCCCUAUAUUUCUCUACCUAUUGCAAGAGAUGAGAGGCCCGAGGAUUGGGUGCCAGAAGAGACUCCUUAUUUUCUACAGGAAGCCCAGGAAAAGGUGGGUUGCUCUGAGAUAAAGCACGUUAAUGAAGAAAAUAGGGACACUGUUGAUAUUUUUUCCAUUCAUUCAGAAAACCCCACAGAUCCAUUGUAUGUCAGAGUGCCUCGGAUAGAUGAUGACGCUAAAAUUUUGAACAAAGCUACGGAAACAAUGUUGGAGGAUACCCACUUGUUUACAAUUUGGAGACAGCAAUUUGUGGAUGCACUGAGGUUGGAGAUCCCAGAAUCAAAAAAAUUCAGAAAUGUAUAUCUUCACAUAGCUCGUAUUUUCUGGCAACUGCUGCUUUUACCAUGGAGAUAUCUGUUUGCUUUUGUUCCUCCAUACCAAAUUGCUCAUGGUUGGAUCUCCUUCAUUUGCUCUCUGAUUUUCAUCAGUGGGAUAGCUUACAUUGUGACUAAGAUCACAGAUCUUAUAAGUUGUGUUACAGGAAUAAAUGCUUACGUGAUAGCAUUUACAGCCCUAGCCAGUGGAACCUCAUGGCCUGAUCUAGUGGCAAGCAAGAUUGCUGCCGAACGUCAAAAAACUGCAGAUUCUGCAAUUGCAAACAUCACUUGCAGUAAUUCAGUGAAUAUAUAUGUUGGUAUCGGUGUUCCAUGGCUUAUUGAUACUUUGUACAACUUCAUUGCAUAUAGAGAACCCCUCCGAAUCCAAAAUGCAGGGGGGCUAAGCUUUUCGUUGAUCGUUUUCUUCUCCACUUCUGUUGGGUGUAUCUCAGUUUUGGUUUUAAGGCGUAUAAUUUUUGGCGCAGAGCUAGGAGGGCCUAGGCUCUGGGCAUGGAUUACAUGUGCGUUCUUCAUGUUGUUGUGGAUUAUUUUUAUUGUACUGUCUUCACUCAAGGUUUCCGGAUUCAUUUAGAAUUGUGUCUAGGAAACAUUUUUAGUCACUUUAAUAUUAUUGUACAGACCCUUGGGCCUUGGCGAUAGCCUUCGGUGCAUUAUGUCUCCACAGUGCCCUCACCGGUCAUUAUCAUUCACCACUCAGCGUCUCGCCUACAGUCAAACUUCUUUGGUUUUUUUCUUCUAUUUUUCUUUCUUUACAUGUAUUACAUACUCAUAUUUCAUGUUGGAAUUUUCCUUUUUUAGAUUUAGCUACAUAAAUGAUGUUGUAUUACUCUUGGUUAUGCUUCCAUCGAAGAAUUGAGCUUAUCACUCAUGAGGAGCUUUACAAAAAAUUGGUUUACUAUCGGAGAUUAAAGUUCUUCUCACCUUAUUAUGGUUCAUAAACAUAGACGCCAUGCUCUCGCUGUUGCCGUCGGUGGCAACUAUGCCAACAUCCAGAUGGGUGUUGAGGAUAGCUUUGAAACCACUAUGAAGUGCUUCUCCUCCCCAAGAACUGAUUGAAGUGGUGAUCGGUGUACUUUUUAAAUUGAGUGUGAAUUCCGACACUCGUGCGUAACAAACGCGCAAACAAUGUUUGAAAUUUUAAGCUCAAGUAAAUUUAUCGCA